AUGCUGCCACUGAGUCUACUGGUUCCCAUGGACGCCCAGCGCUGGCUUCUGACAGGUAUCCUUACCUUUUUCCUUGGCUGUUGUGGGCUCCCAGGCUGCAAGAGUGGUCGAAUUAUUGGUGGCCGAGAGGUAAAGCCACACUCCAGGCCCUAUAUGGCUUCCGUGCGCUUUAUGGGCCAACAUCACUGUGGAGGAGUGCUUUUCAUGGCCCAGUGGGUGAUGACGGCAGCCCACUGCUUCUUCAACAAAAACACCAGCCUUAGCCUGAUAGUGCUGGGUGCCCACUCCACCAACAACACUGAGCCCACUCAACAAACUUUCACCAUCCAGCAAUCUAUCCUGCACCCAGACUAUGAUCCUCAGACGCAUCAAAAUGAUCUUUGUCUGCUGAAGCUAGAUCGCGAGGCUACCCUCAGCUCCUCAGUGGGACUAGUGAAGCUGCCCGGGGAAGGUGUGGACCCCAAGCAUGGCACACGGUGCCUGGUGUCAGGCUGGGGCUCUCUGUCUGACUUCGGACACCCAUCACCAGGCUUAAUGGAGGCGGACGUGAGUGUGCUGGAUCGGAUGACCUGUAACAGCUCCUGGAAAGGCCAAAUCAGCAGCAAGAUGCUUUGUGCCAUUGGUGAGAAAUGGAAGCGCAUAGGCUUCUGCACGGCGGACUCUGGAGGGCCCCUGAUCUGUGGAAAGCAAGUCCUGGGCAUCGUCUCCUUCUCGGGCACCUGGUGUGGAGACCCCAGAACUCCAGAUGUCUACACACUUGUCUCUGCCUUCAUCACUUGGAUCCAGAGUGUGACUCAGAAAUCUGGAUAGGUCCCACUCUUACUCCCUU